AUGGGGGUACCAACAGCCGCGUUGUCGCAUCUCGUCGCCGUCUUGACCGAGGCGCGAGCCGCGUCAAGUGAGCUUCAGACAGCGCUCAACACGGACGACGAGGCGUCAAUUCCCGCUGCCGUCGAUCGCCUCAACGCGCUCACGGCCAAGCUCGGCUUGGUGAAGUGGACCAUCGACGACGACAAGCUCGCGGACCCGUCCAGCCUCUUUGAGCGCCUCCCGGUGCUCACCACGAUCCUCGACGAAGCGCUCAAGUCCUCCGAAAUGGAGCCCAACCUCUCGGACAAAGAGGUGAUUACGCACGCGAGUGGUGGCGCCGUGCUCUACGGUAUUCGCUUCGGCGUCUCGGGCAACGACUUGGUCCAGCUCGCAGCCAAGCCGUUCUUGCAGCCGCCAGCAGAGUGCACACUCAAUGGCCCGAUUGCCAACACGAUCACGGCCGACGAGCAGUUUGCAAGCGUGGAUGCUGCGGCGACCUUCCGCACCACGGUCAAGUCGUGCGGCAAGUCGUUUGGCCUUGACGUCAAAGGCUCGUACGGCUACUUCGCGGGAAGCGCAGGUCACCACUCUGGGUCCGCCAAAGAGAGUCGCAACGCGGCGACGACAGCGACAACGACAACCUCCGUCGCGCACGUCACGUACGCCGUCGUGCCAGUCAAGUCGUUCCGGCUCGACCGCUCAUCGAUGCGCCUUACGGACGACGCAAUCAACGACGCGAAGAACGUGACGUCGUCCGCGGCGGCGGCGUACUUUCUCGAGGACUACGGGUCGCACGUGUCGAGUGGCAGCUACCACUUUGGCGGCAUCUACUGGAAGACGACCGAGAUGUCCACGAAGGAGGCGACGGACGUUCGCGAGAUGACCGAGGCCUGCCGCAAGCACGCCUCGUCGCACCUCUCGGCCGAGUACGGUGCGCUCGGGUUUGGCGUCGGCAUUGACUGCGGACGGCUCCGGCGCCAAGAAAAAGCGCGCCAGUGCGACAUCGUGACGCGCCUCGAGCACACGGGGCCUGACGCGCCGAGUUUUACCAUCUUCCGCGACAAGCUGCUCGCGAGCAAUCGGACGUGGCGCGUCAUUGACCGCCCGGCGUCGUCGACGGCGCUCGUUGGCGUCUGGGAUCUCGUCGCCGAGUUGCCGCAUUGCAAGGAGGCGGCCGACCUCAUCCGCAAGACGUGGCUCACGUCUGCGCAAGCGUCGAUUGCAGUCCCGUCCGUGCGCAAGGCCAUGGAGCGUGCGCGCGUGAACGCGUGGCUGUGCGACCCGUCCGUCGGGUCCGAGAUGCUGCACAUGGAGGUGGCGGAUGCCACGGCGGCGUCGCACCUUGCGGAGCGGCACGCGCUGGCCAUUGUGACGGCGCUCCAACGCGGCAGCAACGACCAUGGCGAAACGAUGCUCGACUUUUGCCUCUUCCUCGCGCGCCUCGACAGCGAGUUCGACCUCGAGCUCACGGUGAAGCACUUUCGCCAGCCCGAGAUGCGGAGCGCGCUCACCGCCGCGGCCAACGUGGCGCCGCCUGCCACGCUGCAGCGCCUCAGCGAUGUCUUCCACCACGUGAUCGAGCCCAAGCUUGCGUACGCAACGCCGGUCGUAAACCUCGAUGCGGCGUUCGCCGAGUCGCUCAAGCGGUCGCGUGCCCUCACCGCUCCCGAGACGACGGGGGCCGUGUGGGAGCCACCGAGUGUCGACGUCGGGACGUUGCCCGAGGCCGUCGAAGAGCUCUGUCGCCCCUACUUGGGCGUGGUCGUGCCCGAUUUGCGCCAACUCCAAGAUCGCCUCGGCGCCUUCCUCGUCACGAACCUUGUGUCGGGUGCGACACCAAAGCACCACACGUACUGGCGCAUCGCGCAAGGAUAUGGCUGCUUCCCCGAAGGCUUCGCCAACGACCUCACGAAAGAGCACAUCGAGACGUUGGUGCGCGAGCUCCAAAGCGCGUUCGAUGUCGACAAAGUGGUGGACGAAAGCGGCGACGAAGACGCGCCGGAGCCGUCGCCGUUCGCGGCCAAGGCGUUGACACCAGAAGGACGAUCGCUCAGUCACCUCGUUCGCGUCACGCCGCGGUCGACGGCGGCAAGCGACCCGCGAGAGCGCAUUUGGCACAUGCUCAAGCACCGUUUGGGGCUCGAGAAGGAGCUGUUUGUUGACCACGGUGGCGCCGCCAAGCCCGCGGCCACACGCGCGGUGCGCGGUGCCAAGGCCAAGUCAUCGACGGCCGAGUCCGCGCGGCCAGUGAUGCUCGAUGCUUUGCUGGGUCUUACGAGCCCGCUGACGCCGACGGCGCGCGCUGAAGUCUUCCGGCUCAUGCUCGACCGCCGCCUUCUGGUGCCGUAUCUCGUGCCAUCGGACACCGGCCUUUUCCGGUCGGAAGCGACACCGCUUGGACUGAUCGAAACGUUCAUUGGCACUCAGCGCGCCUCGUUGAUGCGGGACACGUCGGUCACGCGCGUCGCCGUCGUCUCGGAGCGUCCGACCAAGAACAGCGUGACGAAAGACUGGAUCAAAGGCACCUUCCACGUCGACUCGAUGCACUGUCUGGACCGCAACCAUGGCAACCACGUGACGUCGGCGACCGUCGUCGAGCUCGGGUGGGGCUUUGUCAAGCGCAACGCCGAGUUCACGCCUGUCAUGGUGCUGCACGUUGUCGGCAACUACAAGCCGCUCCUGCCUUUCAUUACAGCGUUUGCGGAUGCGGCCAUUGUGGACGCGGGCACGGUCGACGACGACGACGUGGCGUUGACCUUGUCGCAUGGCUGCGUCGUGCAUUGGCGCAACGCCAACGAAGACGAAGACGACGAAGCGAUCGAGGGCAAGUCGGACGACGUCUUUACGAUCGCCAUGCGCUGUGCGAUCACGACGUCCCACAGCCGGCUCACCGACUACAUCUUGGACGAGGCGGCGCCGCCCCACGCGCGCGUUGCGGUCGCCGACGUGACUCUGCCGACGCUUCUACUUCCGAGCGACGUGGUCCCGCCAACGGCCACCAAUGCUCUUGCGCGCACCAACUUUGCCACGCUGCGCCGCGAGACGUUCCAGCUCCAGCUACUCUUCGCCCAGGAGGCCCAGCUCCAGAUCCAGUUGGAGCGUGAGAUGAACGUCCCUGACCGCCAAGUCCUCACGCAAAAGAUCCGGGCGCUCAAAGACCAGCAUGCGACCAAGGUGCGCGCUGUCAAGUCCAACCCGCUCCUCGCGUAUUUUUUGCGCGUGCUCGAGCAGCGCCAUGCAGCGGACCGCGAGAUGAUGCUCAUCGACCUCGAACGCCGGCUCGCCACGAGUUGCGAGGCGAUCAGUCAGGCGGCGCGGGACCAGUACCGUCUUGCGCGGGAUGCGUUCAACAAGAACGGAAGCGCUGAAAACCGCAAGGCGUAUGCAGCAGCGCUCGAGAAGUGGAGCAUGAUGGUGACGGGCCUCGAGCAUCUCUGGCGCGAGCUCUCGCACAUCUUUCGAUCCGACCCCAACAAGUACAAGCUGCUCCCGCGGCUCGCGGCGCAGCACCUUCGUGACGGCUUCCCGCUCGAGCUCAUGGACGGCGACGCGGCCAUGGUCAACAUCACGUGGAUCCGCGCCGUCUUCAACCAGCUCGGGGAUUGUCUCCCCAAGGGCACGCGCAUCUUUGUGCUUUCGAUCAUGGGCGUUCAGUCGGCCGGCAAGUCGACGCUGCUCAACUACAUGUUUGGCGUCCGCUUGCGCACGUCCGUCUCUCGCUGCACGCGUGGGCUCAACAUCCAGCUCCUUCAGGUUGACGGCUCGGCGGCGUACGACUACGUGCUGCUGCUGGACACGGAAGGGAUUCGGUCGCCCGAGUACAUUGGCAUGGACGGCAGCGCGUGGCGGGACAACCGCAUGGCGACGCUGGCCAUCUUGCCGUCCGACGCCACCAUCAUCUUGACCAAAGGCGAGUCGGCGGUCACGAUCAGCGAGAUCCUCCCGAUCGUGCUCUCGGUCUUUCUCGGGUCCGAGCUCGUGGAGCAGUACGGUAGCUACCUCACGGCCAACCUCUACUUUGCGUUCAACCAGAUCGACUUGACGCAGUCGAGCAACAUGGAGACGAUCGUCGAUACGCUCAUGAAGGACCUGCGCGAGAACGCGGCCAAGAUCACCGAGAUUAGCGCCAACGAAGUCGGCCUCGACAACACACCCUCGGUCGCGUCGUCCGUCGAGUACUUUCGCGACUUCCGCGCCGACAUUGCCGACAUGGACGGGUGCGACGUGCGCUUCUUCGGCACGACGCACGGCACAACCGCGCCGCCGCUCGACACACCCGAGGCCGCGUACGGAGACCGUCUGCUUGGGUUUUGGGACCACAUCAACGCCCGCGCCAUGGAGCGUGGCGCCAACUGGCGCGGCCGCACGAUCGAAGACUUCAACGAGGCGCUGCUGCGUGUAUGGACCUGCAUUGGCACGGCCAACUUCCAGCUCAACUUUUCCGCGGCCCACGAACAAGUGGCAUACGAGCACUUGAUGCGGCGCAUGACCGAGCACACGCGGGAACUCGCCAAGGUCUACUCGACGGCCUUCGACAACAUCCUCAAGCGCAUUAGCGCCGACGACGCCAACGGCGUGCCCUUUGCAUCCGGCAACGCCAAGUACGCGCUCUUGCUCGAGGGCCACGUCGUCGACGCCGUUGCAACGCUUGACGUCAAGGUGCACGCCGACCUCUCGCAGGAGAAGUUUGCGCAGUGGAAGGCUGCGCUCGAGCGCAAGUGGGUCGGCCUCAAGCACAACCAAGCCGAGCACUCGAAGCGGCUCGUCCAGGACAAGGUCGACCACGUCUUCCUCUUCGAGUCGCAAGUCAAGGUCUACAAGGGCGAGCUUCAAAAGCAGCUCACCCAGCACAUCGAGAAGGGCGAUACGGCGACCGCGAUGCGCGCGUUUGAUACCAUCUUUGACCGUAUGCUGGCUCGCAUCCGGGACGAGCACCCGCCGCUUCAAGUGCGCCCCCGUGUCGAGGACACCAUUUUCAAGAACGAUGUGUUCUCGCCCGACCAGCGCGUCGAGCUGCGGAAGGUUUUAUGGAGCAAGGUUCCGACGCCAACGGCCUCGUGGGGUGCGGCGGUGUUCGAUUGGUUCAACGGCAGCAAGCAAAUGAUGAGCCCCAAGGACGCGGUGAUCGAUGCGAUCAACGAUCUCUUGAACGCCGAGCUCGCCAACGUCCCGCGCUAUCUUGACGAUGUCGUGCUCAUGGUGAUGAUCAAGGCCAAGAAGCUCACAAAAGACAUGUCCCCGUCACUCGUGUCGACGGCCCUCGCGGCGCUGUACCACGGCCUGGUCAGCGCCUUGACCAAGAUCCAGAAGCGCUGGGACCUCAACAACAGCAUCGUCACCAAGUUUGCCGCGUGCAAGCCGAGCAUGAAGGCGUUUGCCGAGAACAUUUGCAAGGGCCACGUCGCGGCGGACCUCCUCAUCGCGACGCUCGACGGGUGGCUUGAGCACCACCUCCACCAAGCGUUCGAAGAGCAGCUCGUGAGCGAGGUCGCGGCGAGCCUCAAGAGCCAGCGCUGGGUCCAAGACGCGGAGGCCAUGCAAGCCUUCCUCGACAAGGACAUCUUGGAGCGCAUUCGAGCGGGCGCGACGCGUUCCGUCCUCGACGCGAUCCGAAAUCCAAAGGCGCAUGGGACCGAAGUCAUGACGAAGCUCAUUUUGGCCAAGGUGCAGCAGUGUCAUGCGCGCAUGGGCGAGGCGAUCGUCGCCAACGUCAAGGAAAGCAUCGUUGUCGCGGCGACUCUUGCGGGCAAGGCCGAGACGCGCCGUAGCGAGCGCUUCGUCCAUGAGAUCCGGCUUGCGCUCCAAGACCGGCUCAAGCUCAGCGGUACGAGUGUGCUUGUCGAGAACCUACCGAAGGGCGACAACGACUUGAUGAACUGCGACGAGCAAGGUCCUGGCAUCUUUACGAGCAGCGCCAAGCCCAGCGUCCUCAACGCCGUCCUCCAAAGCCUCGAGACGCACAGUGCCAAGUUCCGCGUCUCGACGGACGUGAGCACCUCGAUGGCGACGAAAGUGCUCGAGCUCAUUCGCGACGAGUCGUUCGGUGCAUCGAGCGGUGUCAUCCCGCGCUGCGGCAAGCCGUGCCCCCAUUGCCGCUGCCCGUGCACCAAGGCCUUGGGCCACGCGAGCGUCGACGACGACGACAAGCUCCACGACACGUACCAUCAACCGGCCGGCUUGGUGGGCGUGCCGUGGACCCGCACCGGUAUCCUCGUCUCGGAGAGCUGUACCACGAGCGUCGUCAAUGACAACAACGUCGUUUUCAGCGACGGCAAGUCCGUUCCCUUCAAGGAAUUCGACACAGCGUUCCCGGGCUGGGCCGUCCCAGCCGUGACGCAGCGCUUGCCGCUGCGCGAGUACGUUUUCGCCACGUACCAAGACGCCCUCGCGGAGCAAUACGGUCAUUCCAAGUGCCAAGACAUCCCGAGCUCAUACAACCACGACUUGGACGACCUCGGACGCACGAUCAACCGCCUCUGCAUGGGCAUGCUAUAG